GCGACCAACGGCGGCCAUUUGUAAAGACUGCGUGUCAUUCCUCCCUGAUCAGUGAUCAUAUGAUCGCAAGGUGCCGUGGGUUAUUUGACGUUUGGCGUCAAGUGUAAUUAUUGUCAGCGGGCAUUUGUGCCGAUUUACGAGCCGAGAGCGGCCGGCCCGAGUCAUGUGAAAAAAGGAAACAGCAGCGUCGCGUCCGAUUAAUUUCGAAAAAAUGGCCCUGCGCAAAGUGAAGGGAAAUCUGGAGCGAAUGUUCGACAAGAAUCUCACCGACUUGGUCAGGGGAAUCAGAAACAACAAGGACAACGAGACCAAGUUCAUAGCACAAUGCAUCGAGGAAAUCAAACUAGAGCUGAGACAAGAAAACAUAUCUGUGAAGGCGAAUGCGGUCGCCAAACUGACCUACCUUCAAAUGAUGGGCUACGAUGUCAGCUGGGCCUGUUUCAACGUCAUCGAAGUGAUGAGCUCGACCAAGUUCACUUACAAAAGAAUCGGUUACCUCGCAGCCUCGCAGACCUUUCACCCUGACACCGAGGUCUUGAUGCUGACGACCAACAUGGUGAGAAAAGACUUGAACAGCCAAAGCCAGUACGAGGCUGGGCUGGCCCUGUCAGGACUUUCCUGCUUCAUCAGCCCUGAUCUUGCUCGAGACCUUGCCAAUGACAUCAUGACCCUGCUGUCCUCGACGAGGCCGUAUCUGCGCAAAAAGGCUGUUCUCAUGAUGUACAAAGUUUUCUUGCGGUUUCCGGAAGCGCUCCGACCAGCCUUCCCCAGGCUCAAGGAGAAGCUGGAAGACCCUGAUUCAGGAGUUCAGUCGGCUGCUGUGAACGUCGUGUGCGAGCUUGCCAGAAAGAAUCCAAAGAAUUACCUUAGUCUGGCGCCGGUUUUCUUCAAGCUGAUGACCACGUCGACCAACAACUGGAUGCUGAUCAAAAUCAUCAAGCUGUUUGGAGUUUUCACUCACGUGGAGCCGCGAGUCGGGCAAAAACUGACUCGGCCCUUGUUGGACCUGAUAAGCAGCACAUCAGCCAUGUCCCUCCUGUAUGAGUGCAUUAACACGGUGAUAGCAGUUCUUAUCUCAAUAUCGAGCGGCAUGCCGAACCACAGCACUUCCAUCCAGCUCUGCGUGCAGAAACUCCGCAUUUUGAUCGAGGAUUCAGACCAAAAUCUGAAAUACCUCGGAUUGCUGGCCAUGUCGAAAAUCCUGAAGACGCAUCCCAAGUCCGUUCAGUCCCACAAAGACCUGAUUCUGCAGUGCCUUGAUGACAAAGACGAGUCCAUAAGGCUGAGAGCGUUAGAUUUACUUUAUGGAAUGGUGUCCAAGAAAAACCUGAUGGAAAUCGUGAAGAAGCUGAUGAUCCACAUGGACAAGGCGGAAGGAACCAGCUACAGAGAUGAGCUUCUGUCCAAAAUCAUCGAAAUCUGCUCACAAAACAAUUACCAGCACAUUACCAACUUUGAAUGGUAUGUCAGUGUUUUGGUCGAGCUGACACGCAUGGAGGGCACAAAACACGGCCCACUGGUGGCCAACCAGCUUCUGGACGUGGCCAUCAGGGUGGCAGCCAUCCGCGCCUUCGUGGUCGCACAGAUGGCACUGCUCCUGGACAACUCGCACUUCAUCACUGGCUUUUCGCAGAGGGCAAGCAUGUGCGAGGUCCUCUUUGCUGCAGCCUGGAUCUGCGGAGAGUUUUCCGAGUUUCUGACGGACCCAAAAGCCACUCUCGAAGCCCUACUACGCGCCAGAGUGUCCUCCCUGCCAGGUCACAUCCAGGCGGUGUACGUGCAGAACAUCAUGAAGCUCUACGGACGCAUCCUGACCUCCUCCGGAUCGGACGCAAGCGUGGACGAGGACAUGGUGGCCAAGGCGACCGUGGAGGAAGUUUCGGAGAUGGUGGCCGCGCGCCUGCCAUCCUUUGUCGAGAGCAGCGAGCUGGAGGUGCAGGAGAGGGCCUCGUGCGCCCUCCAGCUGGUCAAGUUUGUGCAAAAGCAGCUGACCAAGGGACAGGCGGCUGGCCUUGGCGCCGAAAUAGUCUCACUCUUUGAUGGGGAGCUCAAUCCUGUCGCCCCCAAGGCGCAGAAGAAGGUCCAGGUGCCUGAAGGGCUGGACCUGGACGAAUGGAUUAACGAGCCGCCACCUUCAGAAAGUUCUGAUUCAGAGCCAGAAGUGCAGCGGCCCAGCCUCUUCGCCACAGGAAACGCCGAAAACGCGUAUGUGGAAUCAUACCAAUCAAGUAAACCUGCCGAGCUGACUCAGGAGGAGGUGCAAAGAAAUCGAGAGGCGAGGCAGCAGGAGCAAGCUUGCAACCCGAAUUACCUCAAGGGUGGCGGCAAGCUGGAGAGCAAGUCAGGCAUGUUCGAUAUUGCCGAGGUGCCGGUGGCGCAACUUGACCUGCCGGUUGCCCUCAAGAUUCCAGGCCUGGCCUCCUCAGACCACUAUCUUCAGAAGCAGAAACAAACGAGCUCCAAGAAAAAGGUCAGCACGAAGAAGAAGAAAAAGUCAAAGAAGCACAAGGAGUCAAGCGACGAGGAGGAGUUAGCCGCGCCGCUGCACGUAGUAAAUACAGACGUGGGUGAAAUGCCAGAAGGCGCAACCCUGUCCGAUGGCAUGGACGACGACAACAACGACCUGAAUGAUCCCCACAGAGCUCUGGACGUUAAUUUGGACGAACCUUUGAGGGCGGAGGAAACGCUCCCGGUUCGAAGUCACAGGGAAGCGGUCAAAUUUGAGGUGACUGGGGAGAAGAAGGCGAAGAAAAAGAGCAGCAAAAAGGAGGAGAAGGUCAAAAAGAGCAAAAAGCAGCCAAUUGUGAUGGACUUGCUGCAGAACGGGGAGCACACCAAUGCACCCACGGAGGAGCCAAGCAACGACUUCUGGCUAGAUCACGCAGAGUACGAGGCGAUGCCUGACACCUCUCAGUCCAAGUUGCAAGUCGAAGAUAAUGAAAAGCCGAAAAAGAAGAGCAGCAGUAAAACAAAGGAGAAGUCCAAGGAGAAAAAGAAAAAGAAGGAGAAAAAGGUGAUAAACGAAGACUCUCUUGUUUCCUCCCUUGGAGAGGAAGCGCCAACAUUUGUUCCCAAUCUGAAGCAAACAAUGAGCAACAAGGACAAAACCGUCUUAAUCUGCACUCGGCCAAUUUUGACUGGCAGCCAGCUGCUGAUCAGCGUCGAGGUGAACAACACGACCGCCUCGCCGCUGCGCAGCGCCGAAAUCAGCUUCUCCAAGAACGUCGAGCUUGAGCUCAUUCCUGACGGGCUUACCACCACAGAAUUUGGCUCCUACCGCUUCCCACAACAGUUCCCUCCAGGCUGUUUCACAUUCCCCUUGCUGUUCAACGUGGCGAAUGUUAACCGUGCCUACAGUGUAAAAGCUACACUCAUUUUUAAUUUAGAGUCCUACCAGGACAAAAUAGAUCUUGCUGUCGCCGUGCCAGCCACCUUAUUCCUCAAGCCAGCGCCAAUUUCCGGCUCGGACUUUGCGGAAAAACUAGCUAACGGCGAAAUGCAGCACCUCUCAUCUAGGAAAUUUGAAUCUAGCAAAUCUUUCCAGCAGGCUCUGAGCUACUGCCUGGCGUACUUCUAUCUGGUGGAGCAAGUGGGCGACACCGCGUCCCUGGCCGCGCAGAACCCGCAGGGCAGGAACGUGUUUUUGCUCAUCAAGUCGCAGGGCACAAGCCUGAGCCUCGAUGGCAAGAGCGACAACCAGGAACUGAUCGAAAACGUCGUCCAGUCGCUGCAGACGGUGCUGGCCGUCUGACUCGGAGUGUCUCGGAACGGACGCGUCACAUUCCACCCCUGCGGUUGAACAAAACCUCUCGGAUCAAAAUUGGAACUAUGCAUUUUGCCUGUUAUGAAAUGAAAUUCCCCGGUGAAAUAUUAUGUGUUGUUGAUUGUAAUAAAUUGAUGCAGUGCAAUAUUAUAAA